CAUCCCAGGAGUGGUCUCAGGCCCCCGAGCUGGAGCCCCAUGAGCCCUCGGGCCCAGGGCCUGUGACACCUGCAGAAAUGGCAUCAGGCCUGGCAGAGCCAGAACCAGGCCCGGAGCUCACCAGCCCCUCUGCCAUGAGCACCCAGGAUGUGCCAAGGGAGGAGGAACCGACUAUCCUGGCAUUCCCCCCACUCCUGGUGGCUGAGCAGCUGAUCCUGAUGUAUACGGAGCUGUUCACCAGACUGACAUAUUCUGAUUGCAAGGCCUACUUCUUGAACCAGCCACAUAUGGGAGGCAUUGAGCACCUGGCCCCCACCAUCCACAAGGCCACCCGGCAAUUUGAUAGAGUGGUUAACAUGGUCACCUCCUCCUGCCUCAAGGCCCGGAGCAUGACAGCCCAGGACAGGGCCCGAGUGGUGGAGUUCUGGAUCCGGGUGGCCAAGGUGUGUCAUUGGACAGCCCCCAGGGUUCGUGUCUUGGGACCUGCUCCCCACCUUUGCCAGCCUCAGGAUGGAUGCCUGUGGUCUGACCCUGCAUGGUCUCUGGGCCCCUUCUGCCAGGGGCAUGCGGACCUGGAUUUGCAGGCCCCAGGGGUGGGACAGCCAUACCUGGCCCCUUCCAUGGGUUGAGCUAAAAUCCUCCAACCAGGAGGGCUGUUCACCAGGUACCAGGUGUGCUGGGCUCCCUGGGUGUCUGUCUCCUUAAGGAUAGGAGUUCAUUGGUGGACAGAAGCAGAGAUGCAGACCACACUCUCAGCUCUGUCUUCCCUCCCAGGAGUGUCUGCCCCUCAAGAAUUUUGCAUCCCUCCAUGCUAUUCUCUUGGCCCUGAAAAGCCGUACCGUACAUCAUCUGGAAAGCACCUGGGGACAUGUUUCCUGGUGGGUAGUCCUGUCUCCGGGACCAGGGCACCUGAGUGGACAGGGACACCCCUCGGUCUAGCAGCGUCCCCUCAGUCAGCUGGCACUUCCUGGGAGGUGGCAGAGCCUAGGGACAGGGAUGGUGGGCUCUCGAAGCCCCUGUGGGUUAGGCCAGCGGGUCCCCGGCAGGUAUGUCUCCUGCAACAUCAGGUGUGAGUUGAAGCCAACUGCAGAUUUUGAGCAUGUGUUCUGCAGCAGGAGGUCUCCGCCCCAAGAACAGCGACCUGGCUCAAACCAGAUCUGCCCUGGGGAGAACUGGGGAUGGAGGCCCUGGGUGGAAACAUGCAGCCCCCUCCCCAGGCCACGGAUUUCCCAGGGCUCAGGGCAGUGGUCGAAAGCCUCAUGCAGGCUAGUGGAUCUUCUGGAUGUCCUAGGAAAAGGGGUCUGCCCCCAAACUCUCCACCUACUGGCCAUGUAUCUCCCUCUUCUUCUCCCCUCCCCUUAGGAAAGAUUCAGGAUGUACAAAAAGCUCAAAAGGGACAAGUGCAUAAACAGAAAGUGGCUCCUCAAGGUAAAUGGAGGCUAGAAGUCUGGAAGGAGGUGGUUCUUGGGGCAAGUCCUCUGCCGUACUGUGGCCCAGCCCUGUGGCAGACUCGAGGUGUGCUGUGUGAGAGGGGGGAGCUGAUGGGGUAA